AUGAGGAAGAAGGCCUUUUGUACUGAGAUCUUAUUAACUUGCAUAGUCGUCCCUCGACAUUCGAACUUCGUAGUUACUUUCACGUGACAGGGCGAAGAAAGCAUCCUCCUCACAUAAGGAGGCUUCAUAGAGCAUUUUUAGAAAAGAAACAGCUUUUAUAGCCGCUUUCAGGUGAGAAACCUUGACAAUUCAAUCAGCCUUUGCUGCCCGAAGUGCGAGAUUUUCCGAUUUUGGGACAUUUGGAGGCCCAUCCACAGGUUAUAAGCACGCCCUUUGUAGGGUGAAGAAUGUAUAGGCAACACAAUACUCAAAGCUGUAAUGGGCGUUUACGCGUAUGCAUUGAUUGUUUACGUUUCGAUGUAGACAAUGCGUAUACGAUGCCUAUACAAUGUGAACACUACGUAUGCAAUGUAUACAGGGUGUUAUAAAAAUAGACGGAGGUAUUUUAGAGGGUGAUUCCUUGUUAAAAAAUAUGGAAAACGUUUUUAAAAACAUGGAUCCGGAAAUGCAGAGUUUUCAAGAUACAGGGUGAUAAAUUGAAAAAAGAAUAUCCUAAAAAAUAUCUACUGGAUUCUGAAGAAAUUUGCCAAUAUUAUUUGUUGUAUCAAUAGGCUAAUUUAGCUCUAAAUAGAUAAAAAUUAUUAGGUCAAGUGCCUUGGAAAACAAAACAUCAUGUUUGGAUGGAGGUUUGAUAUUUGCGUGCUAGUUCUUCUAGAAAAGAAUUAUUCACGUAAUUUUCUCUGCGAAAUUUCUCUAAAAAGUUUUUGUCUCUGUUUUUGUGAUGGAAAAUUACACUUUUGAGGAAAUGGAAGACGUGCAUGUAAUGUAUGCACGUGCUUAUAGUAACUGUUAUGCAGCGAGGCGCCUGUAUGCAGAAACGUUUCUCCAUCGGCAUUUUACAGACAGUAAAACAUUUGAAAGCGUAGACCUUAGAUUACGGAAAGAGGAAAAAUUUCUUAUUUCUUUUUUCGUGAUGUUUUUGACAAUCACGUUAUUUAGGAUGUCUUGCCAUUCCCACCAAUAGUAGAUGCCGGUCGUAAGAACUCGUAAGUUUGACGAGGCAGUUUUACGUAUCGUGGAACAAAAUCCUGGUAUCAGUACCAGGACUAUAGGAACUAGACUAGGGGGUAAUCAUUCCAACAGCACUGUGUGGCAGGCUCUCUCCGAGCAACUUUUCUAUCCCUAUCAUGUCCAACGUGUGAAAGCAUUAUUACCUAGAGAUUUUCUACCUCGUUUACAGUUUUGCCCAUGGUUUUACCAUAAGGUUAAUAAUAAUAGUAAUUUUAAUAAAACCAUACUUUUUACGGACGAAGCAGGAUUUCCGUGGGAUGGUAUUGUUAAUUACCAUAACACUCAUGCAUGAAGUGAUGAAAAUCCUCAUGCUUAGGUACAAUGUCGCUACCAGGAACAAUUUUCUUCAAAUGUGUGGAUGGGUAUUGUUGGUGACAAUUUAAUUGGUCCUUUAUUUUUAUCCUUAAGACUAAAUGGCGAAUCUUACUUAGAGUUUCUCCAACAAGGAUUGCCUGUACAGCUAGAAGAAGUUCCUCUAAAAGUACGUAACUAAAUAACUUUUAUGUAUGAUGGAGUUCCUCCUCAUUUUAGUAUACCUGUCAGAACUCAUCUGAAUAACACCUUUGCCGAAAAUUGGGUUGGAAGAGGUGGACCAAUUCACUGGCCAGCUCGCUCUCCUAACUUAAAUCCAAUAGACUUUUAUUUACGGGGACACCUUGAAAAGAUGGUUUACGCUACUCCCAUAGAAACAUUGGAAGAAUUAAGGAAUAAAAUUGUAAGUGCUUGCGAAGAAAUAAGAAAUAGACCUAGAAUUUUAGCUCGAGUUCGUCCUUGAAUGAUUCGUCGGUACACGGAAAUGGAUGGUAGUCAUUUCCAACAUUUGUUCUAGUGUACUUUAUGGUCAAAGUUGCAAUAACACUGUUUCCUAGAUUUUUUUUCGAUUUUUUGUUUUCCAAUGCACUUGCGAUUCUUUUAGCAAAAAUUAAUAAACCAAUUUUGUCCAGUGACAGGCAAUAAAACGGCUUUUAUUUUUUUCUCGAAAACGAGCUGAGAUACGAAAAAAUACAAGAGGUAAAGAAGUUGUAUUUUUAGAUGCUUAAUCAAACAACAAAUAAUAAAGUUACAAAAAUGGCAGUAGCGUAUAUUUGUUUCACAAUAAUAGUGGCUAAGGUGGCCCCCCGGAUGGUACUGGACCUAAUAAUUUUAAUCUAUUUAGGGCCAAAUUAGCCUCUUAAUGCAACAAAUAAUAUUGCUAAAUUUCAACAGAAUCGAGCAAAUAAUUUUUAAGAUAUUAAUAGAAAAUUUUUUUAAAUUAAUCACAUCCUGAAAACUCUACAGUUCCGGACUUAUGUUUACAGAAACAUUUUUUUAUACUUUUUAACAAUCACUCUCUAAAAUAUCUCCGCCUAUUUUUCGAACACCCUGUGUAUUGAUGAAGUCAAUGCAAUAAGUGAGGUUCGGUUUAUUUGCAAGCGUCAAAGCAUCAGUAUACUGACAAUAAUUAUAAAAGUAAUGUGGUUAUGCGGGUAGGGCUUAUUUUGUGCAAAAAUACCCUGUCGAGUGCCGUAUCUGAGAAAAAAGCCGCCUAUCUUGUUAUCACGGCAAGUAAUUUUAAGUACUUGAUACCUAUAUAACAACAUCCUUAUUGCAAAGAAAUGGCCGUUAAUCCGGUUUUUGUUAAUGUUGAUCUAAACUUUCGCCAUUCAUUUGAAAACGUUUUGGUUAGACUCAAUUGUUUCGGCUGGCUGGACGGCACACGGUCACCGGACCACCAGACCGGCUCUGAUGCGGACUUGAUUAGCGACUCGAUUUUCCUCCUGUUCUCUCAUUUCUUUCUCAGGAGGGGUAAACGGCGAUGCAACAUAUACAGGGCAAUAUAAAAUAUUUGUCAUUGGGAAUAAUAAAAAUGUCGUCAAGUAGAUUUGCUCUAUACAUCGUAGGACUUCGUUGGAAAGGGAUCAGUCAAGUCGUUUCAAAAGGCAGAAUGGAAUCAUGACUAGGUCUCCCAUCAAGCCCCGGACAGAAUAUAGCAAAGUAAAAGUAAUACUGUAUAAGAACUCCAGAAGAUUAAGACCGAAUUUCAUUUUUAUCUCCAUUACGGUGAUUAGAAAUAAUGCUUUUCGAGGGAAACCCAGCCUGUAGCAUCCCAAACAGGAACAGCACCACGGUACACA